AUGGACGACGUUCACAUGGCACAUGUCCUCAAUUCCCUAUGGUUCGGACUCUUCCCUCAGUUAUCGGAGCUGAUGCAGAAGGACUUCUCGUGGAUGAAGGUACGUGAUAAAAUCCAUUGCCUUGAGGGACAUUACCAUGAAUUCCUUCGCUACAUGACCACACCGGGAGUCGACGUUCAUGAUGACGGGUCUUUGUGUGUGCAACUGUGGAACUUACGGGGGGUUGCACAAGUGGACAUCGAGAGCAACCCAGGUCAGAGUUUGCAGAACCCAAUUUUAAUGGAUGUCAUGGAAGAUGAUUUUGAAGUGGAGGAGCAGGUUCACGGCCCAAUCGAGGAAGAUGAAGUUCCUAUGGGACCGAAUGAUAUGGAUGACGAUCACGAAUUAGGGGAGAAUGAGUCGGAUGUGGACUCAUGCGUGGACUCCAACUGA